CAUAAAAAGGAGCUAGCCAGUGGAUCGAAAGGCCACCACUUUCUAGAGGAAAAAAGAAUUGGAUCAAUCACUAAAAGAAAAAGAAAAGAAAGAAGUCGAUUCCUCCACGAAAAUGGCAGCCACUCUGCUAACAACAGCUGCAGCAGUAGCAUCCAGCCAAACGACAUCGGGGUUGCUCACAAAGCGACCUGUUUUUCUUCCGGCACGAACAGUCUGCCGCUUUAACGGUCUCUGCUUCAACAAGAGAUCCUUAGUGGUGAAAUCUAAGAGACCCUUUUCUUGUAAUGCCAUUUACAAUCCUCAGGUUCAGACCAUUCAGGAAGGCCAAUCUGAAUCCCUAGAUUACAGAGUUUUCUUUCAAGAUGGCUCCGGAAAGAAGGUAUCUCCAUGGCAUGAUAUACCAUUGCAUUUAGGUGAUGGAGUUUUUCAUUUUAUAGUGGAAAUUCCUAAAGAGUCCAGAGCUAAAAUGGAGGUAGCUACUGAUGAAGCUUUCACUCCUAUUAAGCAAGACACUAAGAAAGGGAAGCUCAGAUAUUAUCCUUACAAUAUAAACUGGAACUAUGGAUUGCUUCCACAAACAUGGGAAGAUCCAACUCAGGCAAACUCUGAGGUUGAAGGUGCUUUUGGAGAUAAUGAUCCUGUUGAUGUUGUUGAGAUUGGUGAAACCCGAAGGAAGACCGGUGAGGUUCUGAAGGUGAAGCCUUUAGCUGCCUUGGCUAUGAUUGAUGAAGGAGAGCUCGAUUGGAAGAUUGUUGCGAUUUCUUUAGAUGAUCCUAAAGCUCAUCUUGUGAAUGAUGUUGAUGAUGUCGAGAAGCAUUUCCCGGGUACUCUUACAGCUAUUAGAGAUUGGUUUAGAGACUACAAGAUCCCAGAUGGAAAGCCUGCUAACAAGUUUGGUCUUGGAAACAAACCAGCAAACAAAGAUUAUGCUUUGAAGAUCAUCCAUGAGACGAAUGAAUCAUGGGCUAAACUUGUCAAGAGAUCAGUUUCUCCUGGAGAACUUUCACUUUUCUGAUCAGUCUGAGCAAUAUUCUUAUCCUUGAGUGACAAUUUUUUUCUUCUUAUUUUGAUGAAUUAUGAACAAUUGAGAAGCUUUUUCGCUUAGCGAAAGAAUGAGAAAUAACUUCAAAAUAUCA